GUUCCCCUUCACCGGCACGAGCAACUUCCACACAUGAGGCAGUGAGGCUCUCAUUCAAACUGAGACGUUUCUGGACCUGAAAAGACGGGACAUAUUUUACAUACUCGUACACAGCUUUUUGACGUAGUCACUUCAUUUUUAACAUAGGGCAGCUUUUUCCAGGAGAUAUUUCGUAAUCUGUGUUUUUUUUCAUUAUCCCGCGCGCGCUAUCGUAACGUCUGUGCGCGCGCUAAUUAGCUUACAGGCUAGCGGGGACUAUUCUUCACCAGACUGAUAUUCGCAACGUUUGGAUGUGCCCCUGGUCAUCUGCAGAUACUGUUGCACAAUGGCUGUUAGUUCACUCUGCUUGAUAGCUCAGCACCAAAGCAUCAACAAAAGAUCAAGUAUAAUUACAGGAUAGCAAUAAGCCCACACUAUACCUCUGUUUACCUUACUUGUUUUCUGGUCAGUGCCAGAUAAACACAUAACAAUUUUGCACUGUUAAAUCUCAGACAUCCUGUUUAAAACAGGUGGGUCUAAAGAAAAUUUAUUUAUUUUACCGUUUACCUCUUUAUUUUAUCAGCUGCUAGCAUUAUUAUAAAUACCUAUUUUGACAGGUAUUCAUUCCCUUUAAGAUUGUGAAGCAAUUCCUCUAUAGUCUACAAUCAUGGUUUCUACAACUGCAACUGCAAUAAUACUGGCCAGCACAGUAGGGCUUGCAACCCAGACUGCUCUGACGGAGUACAUGUGGCUGCUGAUUGUUGGCUUCAUCAUCGCCUUCAUCUUAGCCUUUUCCGUGGGUGCCAAUGAUGUUGCCAACUCGUUUGGCACAGCCGUGGGCUCUGGAGUGGUCACCUUACGACAGGCAUGCAUUCUGGCCACAGUGUUUGAGACUGUGGGCUCUGUGCUCCUUGGGGCCAAAGUGAGCGAGACCAUCCGUAAGGGUAUCAUUGACGUGGGCAUGUACAACGGCUCUGAGCAUGUGUUGAUGGCUGGAUCCAUCAGUUCCAUGUUCGGCUCUGCUGUGUGGCAGCUGGCCGCCUCCUUUCUUAAGCUCCCCAUCUCUGGAACACACUGCAUUGUUGGUGCUACAAUCGGCUUCUCACUGGUUGCCAGAGGCCAGCAGGGAGUCAAGUGGCUUGAACUCCUCCGUAUCGUUGGUUCCUGGUUCCUGAGUCCCCUCCUGUCUGGAAUAAUGUCAGCCAUUGUUUUCUACUUUGUGCGCAUGUUCAUUUUACACAAGAAAGACCCUGUGCCUAAUGGAUUGAAGGCUCUGCCUGUCUUCUAUGCCAUUACGAUGGGAAUCAACGUUUUCUCCAUCAUGUUCACUGGCGCGCCGAUGCUGGGAUUUGACAAGAUCCCUUGGUGGGGCGUCCUGCUCAUCUCAUUGGGCGUGUCUGUGCUGACUGCCAUUUUGGUCUGGUUCAUCGUCUGCCCUCACCUCAAGAAGAAGAUUGAACGAGAUAUCAAGUCUUCCAGUCCUUCUGAGAGCCCCCUGAUGGAGAAGAGGGAACUGAGGGAGCCCCACUGUCCAAUCCUGAAACCAACUACUAAGGAGACGCCUACCACCCCAGGUGUCAAUCAAACCCCCUCUGCUCAACCCCAGGCUGCCCCUGAGGAGCGCAGGGUGGCGUUUGACAUUGGAGAUUCUGAUGAUCUUGACAAUAACAAGGAACGCAAGGUGGCUUUUGACAUCGGAGAUUCUGACGACUCAGACUACAGUAUUGCAAAUGGUGCCCCCAAACAGCAGUCAAACAAUCAGGCCCAGGCCAACAACCAGCAAGUCCAGCAAAGCAAUGGCUCAACAAAUACUGCCAAUCAGGUCCAGUUCAAUAACCAGGUUCAGUUCAACAACAGGCCAGCACAGUUGCCAAGUAACGGUUACAGCCAGUACCACACAGUCCACAAGGACUCUGGUCUGUAUAAGGACCUACUGCACAAGCUCCACCUGGCCAAAGUUGGCGACUGCAUGGGCGAGGGAGGUGACCGACCUAUCCGGCGUAACAACAGCUACACCUCCUACACCAUGGCCAUCAUCGGCAUGCAUGGAGACUUCAAGCAUAAAGACGCAGACUUCCGUGCCAGUGAGGAUGGCGACAAGGGCACGACUGGUCCGGAAAGGAAACGCGUGCGUAUGGACAGUUACACUAGCUACUGCAAUGCUGUGGCAGAGCACACAACACCUGAAGGCCUGGGAGAGGGUGAUGUGACACUAGAAAUGGGGAAGGAGGACGCAGGUAGCAGCCAAAGCUCUCUGGAUGAAGAUGGGCUUGAGGCAGACAAGCCAGAAGUCUCAACUCUCUUCCAGUUCCUCCAGAUUCUCACUGCCUGCUUCGGAUCCUUCGCCCAUGGAGGAAACGAUGUGAGUAAUGCCAUUGGACCAUUGGUAGCCCUGUGGCUGGUUUACCAAUCCAGCAGUGUUUAUUCAAAUGAUCCCACACCCAUUUGGCUGCUGCUGUACGGUGGUGUGGGCAUCUGCGCUGGACUCUGGGUGUGGGGUCGUAGAGUCAUCCAGACUAUGGGCAAGGACCUUACCCCCAUUACCCCCUCAAGUGGUUUCAGCAUUGAACUGGCCUCAGCUCUGACUGUCGUGGUAGCCUCUAACAUUGGCCUGCCUGUUUCCACCACCCACUGCAAGGUGGGCUCUGUGGUUGCAGUAGGAUGGCUGCGCUCAAGGAAGGCAGUAGACUGGCGCCUGUUCAGAAACAUCUUCAUGGCGUGGUUUGUGACUGUGCCCAUCUCUGGCCUGAUCAGCGCUGCCAUCAUGGCCAUCUUCAUCUACGGCAUCCUGUGAGCAUAAGGCUGCACCCCGAGCAGGGGAGGAGAAAGAAACCGCUCCAGUGCGCACCAAGAGAAAAGGAGUAAAGUUGUGAGGCCAAAUUAUAUUGCUUACCUCAAGCCAACAACUUUGGAAGAAAAAGGAAAAAAAAAUAUUUGCAAGGACUUGUGAUACGGGCCUGUGGUUCUUGGCUGCAUAAUUUUCGACCUAGAAUUUGCUGUUUGUUCCAGUUGGGCCACAUUACUUCCAUUUGGGAAACUUGCAUAUCUUUUUGUUCUGACUUGCUUUUGUCAUAUCUCAUCAUUCUGUAAAGAGUUAAUCAAAAAGCAUCAACCGUUCUUUUUUCUUUUCUUCUAAUACUGAUUCUUCCUUUUUUUUUUUUACGUUGCAAUUAUGUAUAUACAACCAUGCUGUUUUAAUUUCAUUUUACAUGUUAGAAGGAAAUGAACAAUUAAAAUGCAAUAUUAGCCUUUUGCAGAUGUAACUCUCCAGUCAUAACACAUGCUGAAAGUAACGUAGACGCAAAAUGGAGUAUUUUUAGGUGGAAAAAAAGUUUACUGGCAUAUAUGUGUGUGUCUCCCCUCCACUUCCAAGUGUUUGUUACUGAUGAAUUGAUACUGUGCAUCUGGCCUCUUAGUAUUCCCUAAACUGGGACACUUGUAUUUCCUGUUUUGUUGUUCUAGAACAAUAUUGACUUAAAACUGUAAAUGAAUAGAGGUUGGUGACAGUGUUUUCUACCUAAAUUAUUUGACCACAUUCACAGCACAGUGACACACUAUUAUCUGAAUAGUUUACUAGGGUACAAGCACUAAUUGUACACACUGGAUCAUCCUCUGCAGGAAGGUAUGUGAAAUACUGUAUCAUUAGCAUAAAAAGGUGGCAUACUUCUAGCAGGAAAUGACAAAGCUCUAAAUUGUUAAAACCAACGGCCGAUCUUUGAUCAGAAUCUCCCAAUGCUCUACAUUCACUAUCAGCACAGACAGGACUGUCUGAAAUAACUAGUUUACUUGAAUCUGAAAUAUAACAGCAGAAUGUCAGUGCUCUCAAACAAGACCUUAAGUCUCCUGUUUAAACUUGAUUACAACAUCUUUGCAGGUUAAAUGCUUUAGAACUGUUGAGCCUUGUUUUCCUAGUGCACCUUGUAUCAGCUACUUCCCAGUAUUGUUUUUCUCUGGAGUUUGCACCUACCUAGACAUUUUGGGUUGCUCUAGCUUUCCUCUCUUGGGCCUGAGAAGCUGAUUGACAACCUCAAUCAGGGAGGGACAGGAACCUAAUACUAGAAGUUAUAUCGAAGGUGGUGAUUUGGAGUUGGGCUGAUCUGGUCUCUUGUUUGAGUGAGGGGGCGGACAUAACGUUGCAUGCCACCAACGUGUGGUCAUUUGGCUGCAGUACUAAAUGCAUUUUAGACCUAUAGAUGCUAUAGUUGCCUUAAUUGUUUUAUUUUCCCUUAGGAACCAAAGAAAAGAGUUUUUUGUUUUGUUUUUUUAAACGCACAUCAACAUACAACAUCCACACUUGUGGAUGAAAAGCAAAAAAAUGAAUAAAAAUGGGAAAACACUGAU